AUGGGUCUCCGUAGUAAUAUUCACUCGCAUAUCGGCGAACGAUGCAUCUGGAGUGGGUGUAUUCGGUGGAAUAGCCAAAAAUAUUGGGAUCGCCGCUUCAAGGUAAAUUUCCUUAACCAUGGCGGCAUAUUGCAUAUCAAUAUUACGCCGUACAUCCAAUCCGUACCGAUAUAUACAAAGGCGUAUAUCUGGGGUUACCACAAUACAAAAUGUAAUGCUUUUUUGAGGGUACAAGUGUGUAAUCGUGGUGUUAUAAACACGUACACUACGGUAUCUCGCGGUUUCUCCACCAAGACAUCGGAGAAUAAAGAAUCCGAUAACAACGAACCAUCGCUAGAAAAACCUAUAACAUCAUUGCAAAAACGACGUGGAGUAUUAUGUCUGACACGAUGUAUGACGAGGGAAUUUCCAAUUGUAUUGCCAACAUUCGUGGCACUGAUGGCAUCAAGUGCACUCAUAUCACUGUUUCCAACAGUCGUGGGCCGUUACAUCAACAGCUUUUCAGCACAGACUGUUCCAAGUAUGCUACAGGGUGGUUGUUUUAUUUUGGGUGCUGCACUAGCGUCGUUUAUUAAAACAACCCUUUCGGGGUUUGCCAAACUUCGCAUGUCUAGACGGAUCCGUGAAGAUAUGUUUGAUUCACUCCUUAAGAAGGAUGCCAGUUUCUUUGAUCUGAACUCGUCAGGAAAACUUGCUAGCAUACUUGCGACGGAUGCUAAAGUUGCAGCAGGUAUCAUUGAUCAUCUUUCCCAAAUAGUCAGGGCCUCAAUCAGUUUCACUGCGGGCAUCUAUUUCUCUCUUAAGAUCGCUCAUAUAUCGCUAAUCAUACAUACUGUACUGCCCAUAGCAGGCUCUCUAUUCAUAAUGAUACCGUUAUCAAGGUGCGUCCAGCGCCAGACAUCUCUACAGAUGCGGCACCUUGCGGCACUGGUGUCAUAUACUGAAGAGAGAGUAUCACAUAUAAAGACCGUGAAAACGUCCAAUGCAGAAAAGUUUGAAGCUACAGUAUUCGCCGAUAAGGUACGUUUACCCCAAUAG